GCGCUAGAUACUUACAACACCACUGCACAAACUAUCAUAACACACCUGUCAAGUCAAAAAAAUUUAUAAACCACAGCCGACCUCAAAAAAAGCCAUUACAACAAAAACAUACAACUCAGGGUAUGUUGUGUUUAAGGGUUUCCUACAAUAUCACACUGGUUCGCAAGUUCGCCUUUCGAUCGAAACAUCAGCCCCCUAUCGAGUAACAACGAUUUUAAUCACACUUUGUAAAUAACUGCUAACAGACAAUGACUCAACCAAGUGUGGAUCGAAGAGAAUACAAUUCUACGCCAUACGAGCGGACAAGCCGCAGCAAAGUUUAGCUUUAGGACAGCUGCUGCUUUUGAGAGAUUUAUGAACGAUGUCUUUGAGGCGAGCCCUUCCAAAAGAGAGAUAUCUGUCCCUGCAGAGAGAGCUCCUAAGGAAAGGCGAACUGUAUGAAGACAGAGAUUUCCCGCCAGUCUUCCGUAGUAUUUUUACCAAGACACGUCCAUCUGUAAAUCUCCAAUGGAAAAGACCAAAGGAUAUCUGCAGGACAGAGCCCCAUCUCUUCACCAAAGGAAUAAGCAGAACAGACAUUGCCCAAGGGAGAAUGUUGAACUGUUGGUUUGUGGCAGCAGUGGCAUCGCUGACAGACUCAGAGGAAUUAUUCUAUGCCGUCUGCCCGCCAGAUCAAGGCUUCGAGCCCGGCACGUAUUGUGGAAUGUUUAGGUUUAACUUCUGGCGUUUUGGUGAAUGGGUUGAGGUCAUCAUUGAUGACUAUCUGCCGACGCACAAUAACAAGUUGUAUUACGCUAGAUCCAGUGAUCCAGAUGAGUUUUGGAGCGCCUUAUUAGAAAAAGCCUAUGCCAAAGUGUGCGGAUCCUAUGAAGCUAUGGGAUUAGGCCGAAUAAGUGAAGCGCUGCAAGAUUUUACCGGCGGAGUUAUUGAAAUGAUAAACCUACAAUCCCCACCUCCAGAUGUCUUUAGGGUUUUACAAAAAGCUCUUGAGCGCCACUCGCUGAUGGGUACUUCUAUAGAGACAAAUGCUCAAUCCGGUCAGAGAACUUUACCAAAUGGACUUAUUACUGGGCAUGCGUACUCUAUCACAGGCUUAACUAAGGUUAGUCUUCUUAAUUUGGGAAUACAAGAGGCGAAGCUAAUCCGUCUCCGAAAUCCACAUGGAAAUAGUUCAGAAUGGAAGGGAGCCUGGAGCGACAGGUCUGAUGAGUGGAAUCUCUUGUCAAACGAAGAACGAAAGCGACUAGACCUUGUGUUCGACGAUGACGGAGAAUUUUGGAUGACAAUGGAGGAUUUUAUGGCGAACUUUACCCGUGUGGAGAUCUGUAUGCUUACCCCAGACAGCGUUUUGGAAGAAGAUAAGAAAAAAUCCUGGAAAAUACAACGAGAAAAAGGGCGCUGGCAAACUGAUGCCACCGCUGGUGGAUGUAGGAAUUUCAUAGACACGUUCCACAUCAAUCCUCAAAUAAGGAUUCAUUUAGAAGACCCGGAUGAAGAUGAUGACGAUGAACUUUGCUCGAUAGUGGCGUCGCUCAUGCGCGUUGAUCGAAAGAGAACACCGGCCAAUGAGCGGCCGCCUAUUGGAUUUGCUAUUUACAAGGUACCGGAAGAUAUGGCAGGUAGAAAAGAGCGCUUUGGCAGACGGUUUUUUGAGACGACCAAGGCUCAAGUGAUGACAAACUCGUUCACAAAAUUGCGGGAGAUAAGUUGUCGAUAUUCCUUGCCAAAAGGGGAAUACGUGCUGGUUCCAUCCACGUUCUACCCGCGUCAAGAAUCCGACUUUCUUUUAAGAAUAUUCUCCGAGAAACCUCACGUCGCAAGGGAAAUUGACGCGGAAACGAAAAUAACGCUGCUACCAAAGCCAACAGUGUCAACAGAGGAGGCCGGAGACAUCGAUAAAAAAUUUUGGACCACGUUUCAAAGCUUUUCAGGAGAGGAUGGCGAAGUUGAUCAAUAUGAACUGCAGGAGAUCUUGACCAAAGCAUUUGCUUCUAUGAUGAACUCCAACACUUUUAGCUUGGAAGCUUGCAGGAGUAUGAUUGCAAUGUUUGAUGGUGACAAAACAGGAGCGCUAGGAUAUAAUGAGUUUCGAGGAUUGUGGACAAUUCUUGGACAGUGGAAGGUUGUUACAAGAGUAUUUCUAACUGCUUAGGACUUCCUUGUCAAAUAAGAGCCAGCGAGCAGGCUGUCUUGGCGUUGUUACAGCAUUCCUUUUUCAGCGAAAUCUUAUUAGGUCUAUGUAACCUUCUCAGUAACAACAAGGGACGCAGGUCCGGAGGUUACGAUCAAAAAUGCUCAAGGUCCCUUAAAUUUAUUGAGGAAUAAUUGGCUUGAGCGAAGCAGUGGGAUAGAAAUGUUGCUGUGUUAGUAAGUAAAGGAAUUUUCGAGAAACGAUUACAGGACUGGCCAUCUUAUUUCUAUUUUAGAUAAUUCGAUUAUGUUACGCAUUGGAACAGGGGAGUGUACCCGGAAAGGAAAUCAUAAUUUCAAAUAAUUU